AUGAAUUUUCGUGUAAGAUCUUCAUCAUUACCAUUUUAUAUUGAACGGUCAUGCUCAUCAGAACUUGAGGAACCUAAUUUGGCGUAUAAUUUAGAAGUUGUUGAUUGGAUUAAUCAGAAAAAAGGCAAUACAGCUCGUGAAGCAGCAAUGAUGAUUGUACAUAAAGUAAAUGAUCGAGGCAGUUUGGUUCCUAUGCUAGCACUUUCACUAUUGGAUGUAUGUGUUAAAAAUUGUGGAUACCGAUUUCAUCUCCAAGUAUCAACAAAAGAAUUCUUAAAUAAGUUGGUACGGCGAUUUCCUGAACGUCCUCCAUAUCGGUUAUCACGUAUUCAAACACGUAUUCUUCAAAUAAUAGCAGAAUGGAACCAAACAUUGUGUUUGACGAGUCGGUAUAAGGAAGAUUUGAUGAAUAUUCGUGAUAUGCAUCGAUUAUUGUUAUUUAAGGGCUAUAUGUUUCCAGAAAUUCAGCAUGAUUCUACAUCCGUUAUGAAUACACCUGAUGUUAGGUUUGAUAUUGGAAAAAAUUUUAGAUCAGUUGAGGAAUUAGAGAAAGAGGAUAGAGAGACACAAUCAGCAAAGUUACAGGAGCUUGUUCGGAGAGGGACUCCAGCUGACUUAGUGGAAGCCAAUAAAUUAAUGAAAAUAUUAGCUGGAUAUGAUACAGGCAUGAAAAAUAAUUACAGGGCAAAAAUGGCAGAAGAUAUUGAAAAAAUACGAAGGAAGACCCUUUUACUUCAAGAAAUGAUUAAAACGAGUAAUGCAGAUGUAGUUUAUCAAAGCGAUAUUUGUAAUGAUUUAAUUCUUUCUAUUAAAGAUGCGCAACCUAAAAUUCAAAAGAUAUUAGACCAAGAGAAAGACGAUACAACUGCGAUAUCCAAACUUUUGGAGUUAAAUGAUAUAAUCAAUACUACAAUUUUGCAAUAUGAAAAAAAAUUUGUGAAAAAAGAACUGGAUGAUACAAAAGAUUCAAUAACAACUUCUAAAGAAUCAAUUAUAAAAAAUGAUAUUUCAUUGAUUGACCUGGAAGAUAAACCAAACUUUGAGGAUUAUUCAUGUGAUGCAGAAGAUGAAAAAUCUGAUUUAAAUGAUCUUCUUGGACUCUCUUUUUACAAAGGUUCUACUGAUGCUAUUCAUAAAGCAAAUGAAGGAACACAAUCAGAUGCAAAACCUAUACCAUUAACGGAUAAAAAUUUGUCUAGUUUUGAAAAUGAUAAAGUUGAUGUUUUAAAAUUACAAACAGAUCGACCCUCUAAUAAUUUUUUUAAUGCACAAAAUGAUAUUUAUUAUACUAAUUUAUUAUCAAAUCCUGUGGUUAACCAUACACUUAAAACAGAUGAACAAAAGAAUCUGAGUAUUUCGGCUUUGGAUAGUCCGGAUCUUGUUAUUCACUUCUUUAUAACACGCAAAAAUAACAUGUUGGAUUCACCUAUAUUGAUUAAGAUUGAAUUUUCUAAUAAAUCUUUCACUGAUACAAUAAGUUCUUUAAAUUUUAAAAUGGCUGUUCCGAAGACAAUAUUGCUUAAAAUGGAGCCGCAAAGUGGAUUAGUCAUAAAUCCAAGCCAAAGAAAUGGAAUCGUACAACAUGCAAUAGUAUUUGGUGUCAAAAAUAUGUCCAAUGAUUUGAAAUUAAAAUGGAAAGUUUCAUAUUAUCUCGGAGAUAAUCCAAUGGAAAGAUCAGGUAAUAUUGAUUAUAUACCUUCUAUUUAA